UUGUACUCGAGUUUAUUCGAUAAAUUCACCAACGCGUACAUUUUAUACCAUACGCGUACAAAAUAUAAAAAUUUUUAUUUUAAAGACAAUUGGCGUGAUGAAAUUGCAUCAUUUAACACAGUGAUACUUUUACAAUUUCUAUUGCAAGAAGGGAUUUUAAGUUAGAGUUUCAAUGAGAGAGAGGUGAACUCAAACAAAUAAAAUAUGUAAAGUUCGGUCUAGAAAUUGCGAUCCGAGAAACCAAUCAAAUAUCUACUUUAACAAAUAAGAAGACAUCAAGUUCGACCUGUCCUGUCACCUUAGGCAGAUACAUACAUAUGAAAAUACACCAUUUCCAAAAUAUUAUGCAGCAGUUAUCUAAUCAAAGGAACAUAUUUCUGACCUGUCCCUUUCUUGCUCUCGCAAACAAUCACCCCCCAAAACGAUAAGAACGUCUGUUUGAAGUAUCAUCAACUGUCUGACGGCCCGUGUCGCUCUGUCGCUGAAAAUCUCCCCACAAAUCAAUCUACUAAUUUAUUGCUGAUUUAAAUUGGAAAACGAACGCAUUGACGCAUUUUGGUAUAAAAAGAAGAUACAAAUUUUUGCAAACAGUUAGUAAAGCUUUUGCUGUGAACGCAACGAAAUGUUUUUCACUAAAAUCAAUUUGAGCCUGGUUGUGCUCUUGGCCGUUUCUAGCCAAUUGGCUAGUGGACAAUUCAAUCCCAAUUUUGCCUCGGGUCGCAGUACCAUUGUCCAUUUGUUUGAAUGGAAAUGGGAUGAUAUAGCCGCGGAAUGUGAAAGAUUCUUGGGUCCUAAAGGAUUUGGCGGUGUGCAGGUCUCUCCGGUCAAUGAGAAUAUUGUGGUCGGCAAUCGUCCCUGGUGGGAACGUUAUCAACCCAUAUCCUACCUCUUAACCACCCGUUCCGGCAAUGAAGCCCAAUUCUCCAGCAUGGUUAGACGUUGCAACAAUGUAGGUGUUCGCAUUUAUGUGGAUGUUGUCAUCAACCACAUGACCGGUGAUGCCUCUCAAGCCAAGGGAACUGGUGGCUCCACAGCCAAUCCCGGUUCCAAGAGUUACCCUGCAGUUCCCUACUCCUCCCUGGACUUCCAUUCCACCUGUAGCAUCAAUAACUACAAUGAUGUGAAUCAAGUGCGCAAUUGCGAGUUGGUCGGUUUGAAGGAUUUGGAUCAGGGCAAAUCGUAUGUGCAGGAUCGUAUUGUGGAUUUCAUGAAUAAAUUGAUUUCAUUGGGUGUGGCUGGUUUCCGUGUGGAUGCUGCCAAACAUAUGUGGCCAGCUCAUUUGAAGACUAUCUACAAUCGCUUGAAUAACUUGAAUACCGGCCAUGGUUUCGCUAGCAAUGCCCGUCCCUUCAUCUUCCAAGAAGUCAUCGAUUUGGGUGGUGAAGCCAUCUCCAAAUAUGAAUACACCGAUUUGGGUACCGUCACCGAAUUCAGCCAUUCCAAUUCGAUUGGCAAAGUCUUCCGUGGCAAGGAUCAGAUGCGUUGGCUCUCCAACUGGGGCACCGCUUGGGGCUUUAUGCCCUCCGAUCGUUCCCUCAUCUUUGUCGAUAAUCAUGACAAUCAACGCGGCCAUGGUGCUGGUGGUGCUGACAUUCUUACCUACAAACAAGCCAGGCAAUAUAAAAUGGCCACAGCCUUCAUGUUGGCUCAUCCCUUCGGCAUUACUCGUGUCAUGUCUUCCUUCGCCUUCGAUAACACCGAUCAGGGACCUCCCACCACCGAUGGUUCAAAUAUUCGUUCGCCCACUAUCAAUGCGGACCAAUCUUGCGGUGGCGGUUGGAUUUGUGAACAUCGUUGGCGUCAAAUUACCAACAUGGUCGAGUUCAGAAACGUUGCGGGCUCAACUGGUGUACAAAAUUGGUGGGAUAAUGGCAGCAACCAGAUUGCCUUCUGUCGUGGCAAUAAGGCUUUCAUCGCCCUCAACGGUGAUGGUUGGGAUUUGAAUACCUCGUUGCAAACCUGCUUGCCUGCCGGUACCUAUUGUGAUGUCAUUUCCGGCUCGAAAUCUGGUUCCAGCUGUACUGGUAAGCAAGUACAAGUGGGUUCUGAUGGUCGUGCUAGCAUUAGCGUUCGUACUUCCGAUGCUGAUGGUGCCCUUGCUAUUCAUGUCAAUUCAAGAUUGUAAAUUACGAUAAAGUUUUGGUUCAAAUAAAAGGCAUUUAAAAAUUUUUAAAA